CUUUUUUAGCUCUAGCAAAGCAACCUCCUUUUAUAGUUUAUUUCUGGCUGGCCUGUCGGAGUCCUAUUAUUGUAGAUGACAAGGAGCUAUAUAAUCCCUCUUCUUUUCCAAGAACAACGACAUGCUCUUAGAUCUGGAAGGCUAGAAGAGAGAGUAUCAACUUGGGUUUGCGGAUGCUAGCUUGGCUUCGAAUCGUUAUGGAGUGACGAUGUUGUGUCGGAUAACCGAGAAAGGGACAAGGGAUUGGGAAUACUCGCUCUCUUUUGUGUGCUGAUGAUAGUGAAUGCAGAUGAAGAUGAAUCUGAGGAUUCGUUAGGCAUGAUUCGUUGCAUGGUCAGGGAUAACAGAAGAAAGUGAC